UGGGAGUUGGUGGACCGUUACAAAAGAUGGAUAAGUCUCGUAUCUACCCGCCAACCGUGACUUCACUUGGCGAUUUUGGAUUGGUCAGUCCGCACUUGUACCUUUUCAAAAAUAUUUGAAAUCCGCCAAAAGAAAUCAGAAAUUAGGGUUUUAUUUCUUUCUUUUUGGUUGCUGUUCACAGAUUCAAUCUACUCUCCUAAUACUUUUUUCCUCGUAAACUCAGACAAACAAAAACAAAAUACAUGGCGGAGAUUUCAACAGCAAACACACAUCCAAAUUAGUAGAUAUCACCACCUCAUCUACCGAAAGCGACACUAAAAUCAUCCAUACUCAUCUUCUUCUUAGUUAGUCUUUCCAAUUUCGCAAAGCAUAAUCCGAGAUAAUCAGAGAAUCAAUGGACGUAGUCGGAGAUUCUCUCUUCUUAUCAUGUACAAAACCUAGUUUUUCAUUGGGGAACGAUUUCCAUGGCGUUUCAGUUCGUGUUCCCAGAACUGGAGUUAAGGUUAUUAGGUCAAGGGUUUGUGUUCGAUCAGCAUUACAGCAGGUGGAGGAACGUGGAGUUGUUUCUCGUUCUGCUGCGGAAGGUGUUUUAGGUUUGGAUUUGGUAUCUGAGAGAGAAUUGAAAGAUAGAGGGUUUAUGGGGUUGAGAAAGACGAAACUUAUAUGCACGAUUGGUCCAGCUUGUAGUUCUGCUGAGCAAUUGGAAAGUUUAGCUUUAGGAGGGAUGAAUAUUGCUAGACUGAAUAUGUGUCAUAACACUAGAGAGUGGCAUUGUGAUGUAAUUAGGAAUAUUAAGAAGUUAAAUCAAGAAAAGGGGUUUUGCAUUUCGUUGAUGAUUGAUACAGAAGGUAGUCAGAUGCAUAUGGUUGAUCAUGGUGCUUCGUCUUCCGUCAAAGCCGAGGAUGGAUCUAUCUGGUUGUUUACCACUCAAAAGUUCGACGGUUAUCGUCCGUUUACAGUUCAAACCAACUAUGAAAGGUUUUCUGAAGGUAUUACUGUGGGUGAUGUACUAGUUAUUGAUGGAGGUAUGGCAAGCUUUGAAGUCAUUGAAAAGAUUGGGGAUGAUUUAAGUUGCAAGUGCAUUGACCCUGGUUUGCUGCUACCUCGAGCCAAGUUAAGCUUCUGGAGAGAUGGCAAACUUGUGGGGAAGAAGUUCGGCCUACCUACAUUAUCAGCUAAGGACUUGUCUGAUAUCGACUUUGGGGUUUCUGAAGGAGUUGAUUUUAUUGCUGUAUCAUUUGUAAACGACGCUAAUGAUAUCAAGCAUCUGAAGAACUACCUCUCCACAAGAUCCUCAGAGUCCACGAGAGUUUUAGCGAAGAUUGAGAGUUUGGAGUCUCUUGGCAAUUUGGAAGAUAUUGUAGAGGCUUCUGAUGGAAUCAUGGUGGCUCGCGGUGAUCUUGGUGUUCAAAUACCAUUAGAACAGAUUCCAGCCGUCCAAGAGGAAAUUGUUCAUGUUUGUAGGCAACUAAACAAGCCAGUGAUUGUAGCUUCUCAGCUUCUUGAGUCGAUGAUUGAAUAUCCUACGCCAACUCGUGCAGAGGUUGCAGAUGUAUCUGAGGUAGUUCGGCAGUAUGCAGAUGCCUUAAUGUUAUCUGGUGAAUCUGCGGUUGGAUCUUACGUAGACAAGGCUCUUUCUGUCUUGCGGAGUGCUAGUAUGCGCAUGGAACUAUGGAGCCGUGAGGAAAACCGACAGAGUCUUCUAUCCCAGCGUCAACUUGGGGUGGCUUUGCCCGAUAGAAUUACUGAGCAAAUUUGUGAUUGUUCUGUAGAAAUGGCAAACAAUCUUGGUGUGGAUGCUAUCUUUGUUUUUACAAGACAUGGUCAAAUGGCAUCCCUUAUGUCACGCAACCGUCCAAACCCGCCAAUUUUUGCAUUUACCGACAAUAAUAGCACCAGGAUGGCUCUAAACUUGCAGUGGGGUGUUACCCCACUCUAUAUGGAACUAUCGGAUGAUAUGGAUAAAAACAUUCAAAAAACCUUUGAUAUUUUAAGGACAAGGGGGAUGGUGAAAGAGGGUGAUGUUGUUCUGGUGAUUACAGAUGUCACCCCAACUUGUGCAACUUCUGCAUUUCAAUCAAUUCAGACUCAGUUGUUACGAAACAGCAAUGGCAUAGACAACCAAGGUUUUGAUGUUUUAAGUCUUGUCAACAUCAUCAAGACAACAGCAAAUGAAGAUGGAUCAACCACCGUUUGCGUCUAGUAUCUUUCCAGGUGCCAGCCAUUUGCAGUUUGAACUGAUACUUAGUACGUGUUCCAACUUCAUGGGGACCAGGGGAUGGGAACAUCUCGGAGAAAUAUAUUCUCAGAUUGGGGUUUACAUGAAAUGAUCUUUCUCGCACGAGCUCGUGGUUGAGACUCCUCCAUAAAGGGCAAAACUUCAGCUGAAGCAACUUUCUUAGGUCUCCCUCUUUUCAUCGAUUGCCCAGCUGUAGUAGUACCAGCUCCAGCCCCAGAAUACUCCUCGAGAGUCGACUUGAUAGAUGAAACCUCUGCUUCAACUUUUGCUAGCCGGCUUCCGUAAGUAGUCAUUUCUGUUUGCACCUUCGUAAUAGCUGCCCACAUUUGAACAUUUUCUGAUGACUGCAAAAUUAUCACUAAAACUCAACUGCAUUUUCAUCUCCACAAACCAGCAUAGAUGGUCAAAAGCAGACAAAAACAUCUAUUAAACUAGGAAAUGCAAACCUGAGAAUCCCACAUCAGCUGGUGUUUUUUAGAGAGUUUUGCUGAUGGUUGGAUAAUUCCUCUUUGAUUUGAUCCUCCAAAGGUGACUGGGGUUUCGGGAAAUACAGGCGGUGCUAAUUGAAAGUAGCCAUAUGGUCCCGGAAAUGUAUAAGGUGGGUGCGAUUGUUGUGGUUGACCCCACCAAGAUGCAGGGUCCCAAGUACCUAUUGACAAUACAUACAUACUCUUAUGUUUAUUAAUUUCACCUUAAUAUUGAAUCUACAAAGAAAUUGGCAAUCUUCUGUUUUACCUGAAAAUCCCAUUGGAGGUGGGAAUCCAGCUUGGUAACUCAGACUUGAAGCCAGUGGGUCAUGUCUCAACGAGGCUUCUGUGGUUCCAACUGGAACAAUGCAUUGGUAACCUGAAGGAGCGGGUGCUCGAAUUACAGGAAAACCUGGUCCUGGCGGAAGCCAAAAAGGAGUGGUCGGUUGGUGCAUUUGUGGAAACGGUUUCUGCUGAUCAGCGGUGGAAUUCUGUUGUUGAUGCCAUUGGUUCAGGGAGACAGAUGAUGUUUGUUGGGUGGUAGAAACAGAGGGUUUCGAAAACUGUGAGAUAAUGGGCGGAGGUGCAUAUGGCCAUUGAAAGCUCGAUUUUGUGCAAUGCUGACUUGCAGAAGAUACAUCUUCAUUCAGACGACUAGUAGCUUGUUGAUUCUUUCUCUUAACAGUGUGAUUCUGAUCUUCUUUGCUCUAUUUAUGAUAGCCAUCAUCAUCAUACAAACAAAGAGUAUUAGUUUCCAAAUACAACCCAUUUUAAGACUGAGACAGCAAGAAAUUGGAAACAAAAGGUCAGAGGAAGAAUCAAAACCUCCUUACCAAACAUUCAUUAGUUUCAGCUUCUUGACUGACCGGAGCUAACUUGUUGUUACUGUCCUUAUUUUCCAUGGAUUCCAAAAGAUUCUUGUGUUUACUUACAUUAUUGGUAUAAGAAACUUACACAAAAGAAAAGAGAAAUAAAAAUGUGGGUUUUGCACAAAAUGCUAUUCAAUGCCAUGAGAAAGAGUUUGAAAUUUGAAGA